AUGGCGGCGACUGCCAACGGAACGGCCAACGGGGUCACGAACGGUGAUUCUGCUGCUGGCCCAGUCAGUAUCAGAUUCUCCGACAUCCCCUCGGCAAUCGACAUUCCCGUACAGGGCGACCAAGAAGACGAAGCAGUCGAAAUCGAUCUCGAAGACCUCGUUGACGACCCGACCGAGCUAUGUACACUCUUCGAGAACGAGCAUGCUGCAAAGACCUACUGGAUGACGGUCGCGCUCGCGUAUGCCAAGCAACAUAAAAUCGACCAUGCCAUUGAGAUGCUCCUUCGUGGCGGCGGCGCUAUCCAGAGCAAUGCCAGCAACCCACGCGACAAGGUCAGCAUGAUCUGCUGCCUUUGCUGGAUGUAUCUUUGGAAGAGCCGCGAAGCUCCGCGUGUUGCUCCCGAUGGAAUACGGGUAUCCGAAGCCAAGACAAAAGAAUACUACCUUCAGCUUGCGACAUCAUCGCUCAACGACGCUGCUCGUCUCAACCCGUCUUUCCCGCCCAUUUUUCUUGCCCGCGGUGUCUUGCUUCUUCUUAGGGCCUCGCUACAGGCCCCGUCCAAAACGGCCGGUGGCAUUGGCUCUGAAAAGCAAGAGCUGCUGAAGACUGCCGUCAAGUCAUUCGACGACGCGCUCAGAGUUUCUCAAGGCAAGAAUAUGCUUGCUUUGAUGGGCAAGGCGCGCGCAUUCUUCUCUUUACAAAAGUACCCUGAUUCUUUGGCUAUUUAUCAAGAUGUACUGCAGAAGAAGCCAGAUCUGGUCGACCCUGAUCCCCGCAUAGGUAUUGGCUGCUGUUUCUGGAUGCUGGGAUUCAAAAAGGACGCCAAAACUGCCUGGGAGAGAAGUCUUGAGAUCACCGCUGACUCCAAGGUCCCCAACAUUCUGCUUGGAUUGUACUACCUUGAUGCCAGUGGUCACGUCCCUGUCAACAGCGAGGAGUUUGUGAAGCUCUACAAAAAGGCUAUGACGGAACAUACCCAAAAAUCGUUCAAAGUCGACAAGGGUCUCCCUUUGACGUGCUCAACAUUCUCCAGCUACUUUCUCUCCCGAAAAUCAUGGGACAACGCCGACAAGCUGGCCCAUAAGGCCAUUCAAUAUACCGACGUCAAUGCCAUUGCUAGUGAUGGCUGGUACGUUCUGGCCAGAAAGGCUCACUACAACGGCGACACAGAAAAUGCCAACGACUUCUACCGUCGAGCCGAUGACGCGCGUGGAGGAACAGAUACCGGCUACUUCCCUGCCAAAUUUGGUGCCGCGCAACUGUCGGUGGUGAAAAAUGACCUCGGUGAAGCCAAGCUACGUCUUGAAAAGAUGAUUCAGCAGUCGAAGAGCCACGAAGCGAUGAUUCUUCUUGGCACUUUAUAUGCCGAGGAAAUUUUCAACAAUCAGACGAGCGAUGUUAAGGAGGACAAGUCGGCAGAGAUGAAGAAGGCUAUCAAUCUCUUGGAAGCCGUCAGAAAUGCUUGGAAGGAUCCUAAGAGAAAUGCUUCACCCGACGCUUCUGUCCUGCUCAACCUUGCCAGGCUUUACGAAACCGAAAACCCUGAAAAGGCGCUCCAGUGCUUGCAGCAGGUUGAGCAGUUGGAGCUGGAACAGAUCCCGUCGUCCGAAUAUCCCGAGGAUGUUACAGAGGAGGCUGAGGUCCAGGCUGCUAUUCGCAAAUUCCUUCCUCCCCAAUUGCUGAACAACAUUGGCUGCUUCCAGUUCCAGGCCGAGAAGCAUGUGGUGGCAAGCGAAAUGUUCGAAGCGGCCCUCGGCGCAUGCAUGAAAAUGAGUGAAAAAGACAGCACUGUUGAUACCGAUGCCUUGGUGUCGACAAUCAGCUUCAACCUGGGCCGCAGUUACGAGGCCCAAGGUCUCUCAGACAAGGCGGUCGAGGUGUAUGAGGGUCUUCUGAACCGCCACGACGACUACACCGACGCUCGUGCUCGCCUAGCAUAUAUCAAGCUACGGCAAAGCCCGAAUAAGGAGGGUCCUGAUGCCGUUGCCAAACUAUACCAGGACAACACGAGCGAUGUCGAAGUGCGCGCCCUGUACGGGUGGUACCUAGGCAAGGUCUCGAGAAAGCGGCCUGGCAAUGUUGCAGAGGAUCCGGAAUUCCGUCACUAUAAGCAUACUCUACAAAACUACGACAAGCACGACCGAUAUGCUCUUGUUGGUAUGGGCAAUCUCCACAUGAUGCAAGCCCGCGAGAUGAGACGUGAGACGGAUGCAGACAAGCAGAAGCGCAGUGCGGCUUAUGGGAAGGCAGUCGAAUUCUUUGAAAAGGCACUGUCAUUGGACCCCAAGAACGCGUACGCCGCACAGGGAGUCGCCAUUGCUCUAGUAGAGGAUAAGAAGGACUACAAGAAUGCACUUGGCAUCUUCAACAAGGUGCGCGAGACCAUCAAGGAGCCCAACCUCUAUGUCAACCUUGGCCACAUUUACGCCGAGCUUAAGCAAUUCUCCAAAGCCAUCGAGAGCUAUGAGAUUGCCCUGUCAAAAGAGGGCAAGCAAAAUGACCCGGUCAUCUUGGCUUGCCUGGGCCGCACAUGGCUGAACAGGGGUCGCGCAGAGCGUGACAUUGAUGCAUACAGCAAAGCGCUUGAAUGUGCUGAAAAGGCAUUAGAGGUUGCCCCUGAGCAGGUCCACUACAAGUUCAACGUUGCCUUUGUCCAGAUCCAGCUGGUGACUACUAUCCAGGGUCUACAGGAGAACAGGCGCACGGCAGAGCAGCUGGAGAAAGCAGCCGAAGGUCUCGAAGCUGCUAUAGAGUCACUAGACGCUAUCGCAGCCCAUCCACAGACACCAUACCCCAAGCAUGACGUCGAACAGCGCGCCAACAUGGCCCGAAACACUCUGCGCAAGCAGCUCGAGCGAGCCAUCGGAAAGCAGAAAGAAUGGGAGGAGGUCAACAAGGAGAAGAUUGCUGCUGCGCAGAGUCAGCGAGAAGCUGAGCUCAAGCGUCGCGAGGCUGACCGUGCCGCAGUUCUGGCCAAGGAAAAGGAGCGCCAGGACAAGAUUCGCAAGGAACGCGAAGAGAUGGCCGCCAAGGUCAAGCUAGAGACGGAUGAGCGAGAGCGAGAGCUGGAGACAGAGCGCGCGCGAAAGGAGGCUGAGCUGACCACGGACGAGGAAGGCAACAAGGUGAAGCGCAAGCGCAAGCCUGCCCCCCGCACGCCUGGUGAAGGCAAGCCGAGACGCUCCAAGAAGAAGGCGACCAAGGACGAUGACGACUCUGACGAAGGCAGCCACGCCAAGAAGAAGCGCCGUCUGACGACUCGCGAGAGCUCCAAGUUCAAGUCGGCCGAAAUUGUCGUUGACAGUGACGAAGACGAGGACGGUGGCGCAGGCGGAGACGACGACGAUGAUGUUCUUGAUCGGGCGGAUCGCAUGGGCCGAUCCAGUCCCGCGGCCUCGGACGCCGGCGAGAAUGAGUCCAACGCGGGUGGCGACGACGACAACGACGACAAGAUGGACGUCGAUGACGCGCCGCGCGAGGAUGACGAUGACGACGAGCCCUCGGCCCGUCAGCCAGCCAAGAGAGCACGCCGUGGUCGGGUCGUCGAAAGCGACGAUGAAGAUGAUGAGUAG